CAUGGACCAUUUCAUAAUAUUAUCACGACUUUGGUCUAAUUAUAUUUUAUUUUUUCCCUUAAAUUUUCCCUCAAAAGAUAGAAGCUUUACAGAUCAGAGGAGGGAUCCAAUGUCGAGAGAUUGAUCAAUCUCCCCUCUCUGUUCCCUUCCCCAAUUUGAUUCCUUUUCCUCUAAUCAAAGACCAAUCCUCUGUUCACAAUCCUCUGUUCUGAAAAAAACCUAGAAAAAGGCUGAACCUUUAUUGGAGAAAUGGCGACGAGAGGAAGCAGAUCGGAGAAAGUCAAGCGCAUAUUCCAGCAAUUCGACGUGAACCGCGACGGAGGUCUCAACCGCGAGGAGAUGGCGGCGCUCGUCGUGGCCGUGAACCCUAGGGUCAAAUUCAGCGACGAGCAGAUCAACGCGAUCCUCGACGAGGUCUUCCGGACCUACGCCGAGUUCAUCGAUCCCGCCACCAAGAGCCUGACCUACGACGGUCUCCUCCGCACCUACGACGACGGCGCCGGAGACGUCGACAGAGACUUCGACGCUUUGGGGCUCGAGCUCAACGCCGCCGACGAGGCGGCUGCCGCGGCGGGGGCAACGACCAGAGGAGUCUCCGAGGCUUCGUCCUCUUCGAUUGCCGCCGACGAGAGAGCCGUCGAGGCGCAGAGGAAACAGAGGACCGCCGCUUGGGCGGUUUCUCCUAACCACGGGAUCGUGUUUGAUGACACGUGGAAGUUAGUUGACGAUUUGGAGAUUUUAGUCAAAAGAUUGAAGUCGAAGCAGGAGAAAGUGAACAGUAACAACAACAGUAACAACGGCAACAACAAUGUUGAUGCGUUUUCGGAUGCGGGAUGGUCUAGAGAGUUAGGUCCAUCCACGGAGCUCUCCGAUAAAAGAAUCUACUGGGAGGAGUCGAGUCACGAUUACAACGUGUUCGUGAAGGAGCUGGGAGUGUUGAGAAGCAGAGCAGACGGAGCUAGGUCCAGAGAGGAAGCCUUCGACGGACACAUGGCGAUCGGCAGGGUACUUUACGAGCACCAGCUGUUUAAAGAAGCGCUCGUCAGCUUUAAGAGAGCUUGCGAGCUCCAGCCGACUGACGUGAGACCUCAUUUCAAAGCUGGGAACUGUCUCUACGUUUUGGGGAAAUGCAAAGAGUCGAAAGACGAGUUCUUGCUAGCCUUGGAAGCUGCUGAGUCGGGUGGGAACCAGUGGGCUUACUUGCUUCCUCAGAUAUAUGUUAACCUCGGCAUCUCUCUGGAAGGUGAAGGUAUGGUUUUGAGUGCUUGUGAGUAUUAUAGAGAAGCUGCGAUUCUUUGCCCCACGCAUUAUAGAGCGUUGAAGCUAUUAGGCAGCGCGUUGUUCGGUGUUGGAGAGUAUAGAGCGGCGGUUAAGGCGUUAGAGGAAGCUAUAUACUUGAAGCCGGACUACGCCGACGCUCAUUGUGAUUUAGCUUCUUCGUUGCAUUCGAUGGGGGAAGAUGAGAGAGCUAUAGAGGUUUUCCAGAGGGCGAUAGACUUGAAGCCAGGACACGUGGAUGCGUUGUAUAACCUCGGCGGGCUUUACAUGGAUUUAGGUAGGUUUCAGAGAGCUUCCGAGAUGUACGCUAGGGUGUUGGCUGUGUGGCCUAACCAUUGGCGUGCUCAGCUCAACAAGGCCGUGUCUCUUCUAGGUGCUGGAGAGACGGAAGAAGCUAAACGGGCUCUUAAGGAGGCACUGAAGCUGACGAACCGUGUUGAGCUGCACGACGCGGUUUCUCAUCUGAAGCAUUUGCAGAAGAAGAAAGGUAAGAAGAAUGGUAGUGGUAGUGGUAAUGGAGGAGGUGGAGAAGGUUCUUUUGUCGUCGUGGAGGCUUCCAAGUUCAAGACCGUUGGUGAGAAGACGACUCUGAGACCGGACUUAGCCACUGCUCUUCAGGUCAGAGCCUUUCAGAAGGUGACUAGGCUCGGGAAAUGCGACGUGGAGGCUGUGAGGAAGGAGAUGAGAGACAACGACGUCCCUGUGUCCUACUCAGGAAGCGGCGGGCCGACGAAAUCGAUCAGGAAACCGAAUCUUGAGGAGAUCCUCAGGCGUCUGCUUAGUUCAUUGAAGCCUGAGACGUUCCAAGGAGCUAUCAAAGCCAUCAACGAGAGGAUCCUCUCGGUUCUUGAUGAUUCAGGGUCUGGAAGAGUAGACAUGGGUAUGUUCUACGCGGUGAUCGCUCCCUUAUGCGGUGGACACUCAGACAAACGCAAGAGAGUUGCUUUCGAGGCGCUUCUCUGGAGACCGGUCAACGAAGGAAGCUCGCAGAUCACUAAAACCGACGCGGACAAGUACAUCAAGCUGCUGAGAGCUAUCUACAUUCCGUCCCACGGGAUGAGCGAGAUGCUGGAAGUUCACGGAGAAGAAGAAGGAGCUGGUUCCUCCGUGACGGUAACGUUUAAUCAGUUUCUAGCCAUGUUCGAGGAUCCUGACUGGGGGUUUGGUAUCAUGUCCACGAUACUUAAGCUGGAGGGGAACGAUAGGAACCGGCAUGGGAACCAUGUGUGUUCGGUUUGUCGGUAUCCGAUCAUUGGGUCUCGGUUUAAGGAAGUGAAAGCCCGGUUUAGUUUGUGUAACCAGUGUUACAGCGAAGGGAAGGUUCCGCCUUCGUUUAAACAGGAGGAGUACAGGUUCAGAGAGUAUGGGAGUGAAGCUGAAGCUAUGAAAGCUAAGUGUGUUUGUUUCUCAGGGCAGUCUCAUAAGAAACCGAUAGCUGCUUGAAAAAAAAGAAAACUAACUCUUUAUCACGUUUUUUAUUCGAAUCUUUUGUAACUUUUUUAUUUAUUUAUUAGAACUUUUGUGUGCAUAGUUUGGAACUUUGGAAGUGUAUGAUGAUGUUGAGAGUGUGCAAGAGAUUACAACAUUUUAUCUGA